GCUAGCGUCACAGGUGCUAGGCCUCUCAGCCGCUCAACUCCUUCACAGCCAGCAGCUGUGUCGCUCGCGUGAAUCACGACGGUUUGACUCUGCAUUGCAGUCGCGAGAGGCUCAACUCGCUGCGCCGCAAGAAUCCGAGACGAAUCUCGCGCCUCGGAGCUGCAGAGAGCUGCCCAGUGGCCAAGAGACAAAUCAGAGAUCAAAUCUCGGAGAGCUGCACCAGUGGCCAGACAAAUGCCAUAAAGGACGUAAAAAAACAAAACCAUGGGCGCGAAAUCCUCAAAGGUCGUCAGCGAGGCGCCGUCGUCGCGCAGCUCCUUCGAGCGCAUGGCGUCGGUGCGCGACUACUUCACGGCGCGCAUCACGCCGCUCGAGGACGUGACGCCGCCGGCGCCGCCGCUCGUCGUCGUGCUGCGCGGCCACACGAAGUUCGUCACGGACGUCGUGGAAUUGGCCGACUCGAGGAUCGCGUCGGCGUCCGAGGACCGCACCAUCAGGGUGUGGAGCCUCGCGGAGGACGGCACGGCCGACGGGAAGCCCGACGUGCUGUCCGGCCAUACGGACGCCGUGCGUUGUCUGGUUGCGCUCAAGGACGGCCGCCUCGCCAGCGGAUCAAGAGACAAGACGGUGCGCAUCUGGGAUAUAUCAGAAAACCCAACGGCGCCGAUCAUCCUAAAAGGGCACGAGGGCUACGUCUGGAAGCUCGCCGAGUUGGCUGAUGGUCGCCUCGCCUCGGGCUCCUGGGACAAGACGAUCCGGAUCUGGGACUUGUCAGGUGAUGCUGCCCCGCUCGUCGUGCCGCACGGCGACGCCGUCCGCGGCAUGUUGGCGCUGAAGGAUGGGAGACUAGCGACGGGCGGCGGCAAGGACGGCAUGAUCAACGUCUGGAAUGUUGAUUCCCAAAGCUGCACGAAGGCGCUCGAAUUAGCGAGCCACCCCAAAUAUGUGGCAGCUCUAGCGGAGCUCCCCGGUCAACGAUUAGCGGCGGGCGGCGGCGACGCGGGAAGGAGGGGCGAGGGUUUUCAUAUUCGCAUCUUCGACCUGAAUGACGGGCCGCAUCAGGCGCCCAAGGUGCUGCGUGGCCGCGCCGACGUCUGGAGUCUGGUGACGCUGGACGACGGCCGGCUGGCGGCGGGCGGCCCCGACGGUGUUAGGGUGUGGGACUUGGACAACGAGGAGAGACGACCUAUUGGAUUUGCGGGCCAGGCCACGGUCGACGGCAUGGCGUCACUCAAGGACGGCACGCUCGCUUCUGGUGGUGAUGAUGGUACGAUCCGCGUUCAUAGGGUGAAGACCUACGAGUACUAUAGGGAGAUCCUGCGAGUUACGGAAGACGUGGCGCGGAAGUGGUUCGCCGAGGACCGGUUAGGGGAGUUGUUCGACGCUUCUGUAUUACAAUAUGAUGAGCUCCUGACGAUCGACGACGACGACGCGCCCACCGGCUUAGGAGCGGUCGCAUCUAGAGCAGUGGUCACGCAAGCGCGAAACUUGGACGCCAUCGCCACGACAUUGAAGAGUGCGCCUUCCUCUAAAAGGGACGCUUGCAUCGACGACCUCGCGCCGCGCGUCUUACGCUUAGUCAAGGACGAAGAACUACUACUAACGUUCGAGCAGCGUUUGGUGAGCAAGAGCGCCGUCGAGCAGCUCACGCCGUCGCCCCUGUUCCGGGUCGUGCUGAAUUUCAAGUUCGUCGCGGGGCCGCGCUUCGUGCUGUGGUUGGACAUCAUCCUCUUCCUCACGCUCUUCGUCUCGUUCACGCGGCUCACGAUCGUCGGUUACGGGUACAAGGGGCUGCACGGUCAUAACAUCGAGCGGUGGUACAGGGGCGAGAAGACCGUCGAGAUUAUUCUAGGUUUUAUCAUCCUGACGUACUAUUCAUUGAAAGAGGCGCUCAACGUGUAUUAUGAUCGGAAGCGGGAGUUAGCGGUAAGGCACUCGGACGCGCGUAAUUGCUUCUUCAAGCUCUUCGGGCAGGCGAAGCUGCCUCCCUUGUUUACGACGGGGCCCCAAGCACUUAGGUCACUUACGAAACUCCUCGUGUAUGCGGUCAAGGGGCCCCUGUCCUGGCGCAAGAAGCUCUCGUUGAUUCCGAGGAUUGUGCUUUCAAUAAUUGCGGUGCUGCUGUUCCUGCCCCUGUCGUGCUUGCCGGGGCGAAGUGUGAAGGCCUUUGUGUUUGGGGUGGUCCCUUCCAUACUGUACAACACGUUAUCGUUGUUGGGCUUACCGCGCGCGUGGCGCUCGUCGCUCUGGAACUGGAUCGAGGUCACGUCCCUCGUACUGUCGUGGACGUCCUUCGCCCGAGCGGCUCUUAGUAGAAUCCCCGUGAACCUCGCCGUCGCGACAGCAUUAUUUCUGUGGUUCGAGGUCUUUGACUACCUGCGCUAUUCUGCGGUCAACGAGGAGCUUGCUGCUUUUGUAUUGAUGAUCGGGCAGAUCUUAUUGAAGCUCGCGGUCUUCAUGUUUGUGUUUGUGCUCAUCCUGAUGAUGUUCACAAAUUUAUUUUAUCUGCGGAUGGGGAACCGGCACAUCAAGCGCUACUUCGAUUUACACGACGACGCGCCCAACUACUUGGACCACCCGUUCAACAAUCUGCUCAAGUCGUUCUACUCCGUGCUGUUAUUGGCUUUUGCGCAGGAGUUCGACCCGGAUAUAUUUCAUACGACGAUCGAUCGGGUCAUCUUCGUGUUCUACCUGUUCAUUAUUGUUAUAGUGCUCCUCAAUGUCUUAAUUGCGAUCGUGAACUCGCAGUACGCGGACACUUCAGCGAGAGCCACGAAGUUAUUUUAUCGCGGCCGCUUUGAGUUGGUUGCGGAGACGUCGGAUUUCUUGCGGAUGCUGCCGCGGCGGCGCAACAUCCACUCGGAGACGAUCCAACAGGUCGCCGCGAUGAUCAAGCGCGAGGUUAAUAGAGGUACCGUCCGCGACGCCAUUAGGGGAGAGGACUUGAGGGAAGAGGUCCUGCGCAUCCAGCGCGAGACCGACGCGAAACUGCUGGAGAUGCAGGCCAAGAUGGACGCUAUAUUGAAUGCCGUGACUAGUAAUAAUUCAUAGUUAGAUAA